AUGGACGUUGGCCACGUGGACAAGAUCAUAGGGUUUCACGUCAUCAACAGCCGUAUGGUCCUCGUAGCCACAGACGCCACUAAGAGUCAGGAGAUUCUCCUUAAGGCCCAGCAGCACAGCUUUAGCAGCAAGCGCGUCGCCGAGACGGGCCGCGAAACAAUCGACGAGUUCCUCGCCGACAAGAAUGCGACGGAGGCUAGCGAAGCUGACGAGACGGUCGCGCGGUCCGCUUCGCAAAGCCCGGCGCCGGCGCCGCCGCGGCGACCCGGGCGGAGUCGCGGCUCCGAGCCGCUGUCCCAUCUCUACAUCCGCGUCAAGACGGUUCAUGCGAACUCGGUCAACGGCCUCUCCCUCUCGCCGCCAAACUACAUGGCGAGCAACAUCUUGGGGCCCGUGAUCCGCGGGUUGGACGUGUUGCAGCUCAAUGUCGAUCACAUCCUGCGCAACGCUGGCUUUUCUAGAGUCGACUACGUCGAUGCAGACGGCUUCCACGAGUAUGACGGAGACCUGCACUGCUUAGCCAACACGUGGCACGACGCCUCAGAGCCGUGGUGGCGAUCGCGUUGA